CUGACGCUCUGUUUUGAUGCGCCUUCUGUGUGUAUUAAGUGCAGAAGCCUCGAAGGCGACGCUUUUGUUUUCAUGCUAAUAUUUUCUUUCACAAACUGCGGCGCUUUUGUCAAAGCCCAGGUUUAUAUUGGGGGGAAUCAUGACUGCAUGUAUCUGUGGUUGAGGAAGCUGCCGUGUUCCUGAAGAGCCUCUUGAGAUCGUCUAAGCCUCUGCCAUGAGUUGUUUGGAUGUUAUGUAUCACCAGAGUUAUGGAGCUCAUCAUUACUUGCCCGCGACAUCAGCAGCAGCAGCAGCAGCGGCUUACAAAGCGGCUUAUUACAAGCAUCAUCACCAGCAGCAGAAGAAGUUCAGCGUCUACAGCAGGAUGCAGGAUUCAGAGGAGUUUCCCUCGGACUGUGGCCAGAGUAAGCAGUCUGGAGCGCCGAAGCCCCGUCCUGAGCCUGAGCGUCCACGAGAGGAGGAGGAGCGCUGCAAGGAGACGCAGCCCGCCGAGGCCGAGUACUUGAGUGCCAGGUGUGUGGUCUUCACCUAUUUCCGAGGAGACAUCGGGGAUGUGGUGGACGAGCAUUUCUCUCGUGCGCUGAGUCAGCCCAGCGCCUUCAGCAGUGACGCCGGCAGACUUCACUCUGGAGGACCAUGGAAAGUUUGUUGUGUUUCAGAAGGAAACUCCCACUCUGAGGGUCAACCUUUAGCGUCGUCCCUGUGGGGUAACGGCUACCCUUCUCAGAGCUCGUCUCACCCAGACUUCCCCCACGCCGCUGCCUUCCACCCUGCAGACGCUGGCCUCUGGAGCAGUCACAGCCUGCCCCCUCCUUCUGCUCUCACUGACUCUUGGCACUACGGCCUGGGAGCCCAGGGUGCAGCGGGAUACCCUUACGUUCACGAGAUGUACCCUCACAUGCAUCCCCGCCACCCGCAUGCACACUCCCACGCCCACCACGUGCUCCAUCACGCUCACAGCCCCGCUCUGGACCCGUGCUUCAGCCCGCUUGUGCUGUCCGGAGCGAGAGCGUCUUGCAGCCCGACGUCCGGCACAGACGGAAUCAAAACUGAGCUGGAUCCAAGCAGCAUCGCAAACUGGCCUGCUUCUUUCCAUGGGUCAGUGGACAUCUGUCAUGAGACAGCGCUUGAGCAGGACAAAGUGAAGGCCAGUGUUUGGUUCUGAGACAGAGACCGGACCACUUCUGCAGCGCUGCGUGGGGAUCCCUUCCUCACAGGACUUUCUUGGGAACUAUUCAGGGGAUCAUCAUCAGUCUCUAUCAGAGAGACAAGCACAGAAACAGCUUUGGGACAAACUAGUGUUUUAGUAAAGCAUACCAUCCUGUCUUGAGUUUGUGCCCUUAAUGUGCGCUCAUGGACAGAGAUCUAGUUCAGGACGCUUCUGUAAAGGAUGCCACACAGCCUUAAAUGAGGUUUAAGAGGUAGAUGUCUCUCUUUUCUCUGUGCUGUGUUUAUGUACUUACCACAGGUUCUGUUGAAAGAACUGAUUCGUACAGCAGGCAGAAAUGUGUGAGAAAAUCUUGAUUUACUUUAAUAUAUUUGUCUUGUGACUUUACUGAUUGGUGUUUUCUGUUCGUUAUACAUGUUAAAAGAUUAUUUUUGAUGUCAAAUCGCCUUAGGAAUAAGUCAUUUCUUUUUACUGCUAUACAUGAACUGCUAAGUUUUAUUGGCAGACGAUCAUUUUUGUUUGGAUGGAUUAUUAAAUCAUUGCAGUGAUUACUGUCCCCUUAAA